CCUAUCCUCUAGGGGACAAUACCCUCAUGUUAAACACGGUUAAGGUGCGAAUAGAAAUACCCAUAAGCACCAUUACUAUGCUAAUAGCUUGUACAGUUCACGCUAUCAACUCACAUAUGAAUCACUCCAUAAUGCCUUAUGCGAUAUCAAAUGGAGUCGAGCUUUCUGACCAAGACCUCAAAGAUCCAACUUCGCAAAGUAAUAGGCAAGAUAAAAAUGUCAGAAAGAGACAAGCAAAAUUUCAUUUAAAUGGUGCCAAAAGGUAUUUUAGAGAGUACUGUGAAAAUACAAGUAUCCAUGGUUUCAAGUACCUUGCAGAGAAUCGGACAGUAUGUGAAAGGAUUAUUUGGUUCCUCCUUAUUUCGCUGUCAAUAGCCGCUUGUGGAUUUUGGAUCAUCAGGAUAUACUACAAAUACGUCACAAGCCCAGUAAUAGUAAGCUUUGCAACCAAGGAGUCUCCGCUGCAUGCCAUCCCGUUUCCAGCUGUCACUGUUUGUCCCAUGACAAAAGUGAGAAAGUCUGUUUUUAAUUUCACCAGAGUCGUUUAUGAUAUCAUGGAUGAAAAAAAUAUAACUGAUGAAGAACAGCUUUAUGGACAAUACUUGUCUCUGGUAUGUUACUACGGACAAAAAUAUUUUCGACCAAACAAUACCUUUAACGCCGAUGACUUUUAUGAAAAAAUUGAUCAGAUGAAGCUUAAUAUUAGUGAGUAUACCGAUGGUUGUCAAUUUCUGGUUGAUGCAGAUGUGUCAUGUCAAAAAAUGUUCCAACCAAUAAUUCUAGAUGAAAGUGUCUGUUACACCUUCAAUAUGCUGGACCGGACCGACAUAUUUCAGGAUAAAGUCUUCCAUUUUAAAAACUAUCAUGUAACUGCAAAAUCACCGCACUGGGACAUUGAUAAAGGAUAUACUAAUGUAACUGAUGCAUUCAAAACUUAUCCGUAUAACGCAUACCUGGCUGGAUAUGGGAAUGGACUGCAAAUUACAUUUAAACAACCAGCUAGCGAGUUGGAUUACAUGUGCUUACAAAGCUUGCAAGGAUUCAGCGUUGCCCUGCAUGCACCUCACGUCUUGCCCCAACUGAACAAACAGUUUUUCCAAGUAUCAUUCGGAGAUUCCGUAAUGGCUGCAGUGCAGCCAAAAAUGAUGAAGACCUCUCAAAAAGUGAGAAAGUACCACCCUGAUACAAGAGAAUGCUAUUUCACCAACGAAAAAUACCUGACGUACUUCAAGCAAUACACACCUAGCAACUGUCGACUGGAAUGUUAUACAAAUUAUACUUUGGAAAUGUGUAAAUGUGUACAGUUCUUCAUGCCCAGAAAUAAGACAACCCCUAUCUGUGGAAAUGGUCAACGGAAAUGUAUAAAAAAGGUAGAAUUUUUGUUGAAAGUUUGGCAACUAAAAUAUACUGCAAACCAGAAAAGUGACACGUAUUUCUGCGACUGCAAGCCAUCCUGUGUAGACAUAACUUAUAUGGUGGAGCACUCUCAAUCUAUCUGGAACUAUAAAGAACUGCAUCUGGCUCGCCGUAGAAAACCAGUUAACGAAUCGUAUUUGUAUGCCAGGCUAACAAUAUUCUUCAAGCAGGAAUCCUUCCUGACGUCGGAGCGAAACGAAUUAUAUGGCCCUACUGAUUUUUUGGCGAACUUUGGAGGCCUUCUCGGACUAUUUACUGGAUUUUCAUUCUUAUCCUUGGCAGAAAUAAUUUAUUUUCUAUCUGUUCGCAUUUGUUGCAACUUUAGAUUGUACAAUAUUUGGACAGGGCCUAAAAAUUAAUCAUCCCAUGCACAACUAAUUUUCUAUUAUGUACCAGCAUGUACAAAAUUCCUAAUAUACUCACACCUUAUUUGAGCACAGUAAACGUUAUGUAACACUAG